UUUUUCUUCCUUCUUGCUGUGAUUGCGUUUGCCACCAAACAAAAAAUGAAACUUGGAAUUGCUCACGCACAUGGUGAUGCCGAUGACACAAAAUGAAAAGGUUAGAAAAAGGAGAUAUGCGAACACAGUUAUAUAUGAAACUAAUACAUGCUUUGUUGGUGGGUUUUGAUUAAUCUUGAGAGACACAGUAUGAUGAUAUGGCAGAGCUGGAAUGGCUUUCGACGGUGGUGGAUGAAUCAUUUUCAAGCGAGGACCUGCAGAAACUGCAGCUGAUAUCUGGUAUAAAAGCCCGUAACGACGUCGAAACAUCCGAAAUCAUUCAGGAAUUCCAGGCCGAAACCAACCGGAGCGUCGUCAACAGCCCCAUAUUCAACACAGAAGUCUCGGUUCCGGCCAAAGCUCGCAGCAAGCGCUCACGUGGCUCUCCAUGCAACUGGACCUCUCGCCUCUUCCUCCUUUCUCCGUCCCCAUCUCCAUCGCCAUCACUAUCCUCCACCUCAUCUUCCUCAGAUCCCGACGCCAUCCUUUCCACCGCAAAGAAACCAGGGAAGGCCGCGCCAAGGAGGAAGGACAGCGGCGGCGAGGGCCGCAAGUGCCUGCAUUGUGCCACAGAUAAGACGCCGCAAUGGCGGACCGGGCCCAUGGGCCCCAAAACGCUUUGCAACGCGUGCGGGGUGAGGUACAAGUCAGGGCGGCUGGUGCCAGAAUACCGGCCGGCGGCGAGCCCAACGUUCGUGCUGACCAAGCAUUCAAACUCACACCGGAAGGUGAUGGAACUCCGACGCCAGAAGGAAAUGCAGCAGCAGCAGCAGCAUCAUCAGUUUCUGCAACAUCCGAAUAUGAUGUUUGAGUUUCAUGUGUCCAAUGGGGACGAUUACUUGAUUCAUCAACACCUCGGACCUGACUUCAGGCAGCUCAUUUAGUAGUUUGCUAGCUAGAGAGCUUAUGAGAGAAUUAAUUAGCAAACAUCUUCAAUUUUUUUAGACCCUUUCGUUCCUAAUUUUCAUAGGGAUUUUCAUUUAUUUUCCCCAACA